AUGCAUUUCCAGGAUUAUUUGACCAUUCAUUUAAUUCGGGUACUUUCUCUUUUCUUCUUAUAUGUAUGCAACGACCCGCUUUACAGCUUCCGUCAGCCGGACAACGUUUUACCGAUCCUAUCUUUAUUUCAUAUGAACGCAGAUGUUUUAUAGUUUUUUGAUUACAUUGAAUUGAUAAACCGGGCAUUGAAAAUUCUAAUUCUCCCAUAAGCAUUCCCUUUUCAUUCUUAAUCGAUAAUGAAAUAACUUGACCGUCAGGAAGCAUUGUUAAUGUAUUAACAGUAUUUAUCUUACAAGAAUAACUAC